UGUUCAGCACUGAGCACAAGUCCCCAGUCUGCUCAGCUACCAGAUCACUUGUUCAAUGUGGGGAUUCCUGAAGCCUGCUCUACCUGCCCUUAUUCUCUGGACUAUACCCAUCCUUGAUUGGGAGCUAAAUGAUGGAUCUUCUUAAAGCUUUUACAAGUUUUAUGAUUGUCUAUAUCCAUUCCUGCAAUGGGACCAGUCUGGAAAGUGUGGAUAUGAUCCAAAGGGCAGGACAAAUUGUAUGCAAGCAUGGGACACAGAAGCCCUGCUACAAAAUAAUUUAUUUUCACGAUACUUCACGGAGGGUGAACUUUGAGGAGGCUCAAGAUGCAUGUAAACGGGAUGGUGGUCAUCUUAUGACUAUCGGGUCUGAGGCAGAACAAAGACUCAUAGAAAAGCUUAUUCAGAGCCUCACAGCAUCUGAUGGGGACUUCUGGCUGGGCCUUAGGAGGACAGAAGAAGACACUCAGAAUUCCAGUGAUUGCCAGAGUCUUUAUAGUUGGGUAGAUGGGAGCAAACCCACAUUCUGGAAUUGGUACGUAGAUGAGCCAUCCUGUGGAAGUGAGGUUUGUGUAGUUAUGUACCAUCAGCCAUCUGCUCCACCUGGAGUUGGAGGGCCCUACAAGUUCCAAUGGAAUGAUGAUCGAUGCAACAUGAGGAACAACUUCAUAUGCAAGUAUGCGUUAGAAAAACCAGCAGAUCCUCCUUCUAGAAACUCUUCCAUCGCGGAUGCUGUGACAGUUACUUUGAAUCCCAGUGGUCCAAUAGACUCUGCCAAGAAGACUAAUGAAACAGUGCAUGAUGCUGAAGAGACUUUUUUUCAUUACAUCCUUAUUGCAACAAUACCUCUAACAACCCUCGUGUUGAUAUUUAUCGGGGUGCUUUGUUGCUGCAUUGCAGAAAAAAGGAGACAGGAGAGCAGUGACACCAGUGACAAGGAGCCCAGUUUCUGGUUGUCUCCAAAUCGCCGGAACAGCCCUAAUUUGGAAAUUUACAAUGUAAUCAAGAGGCAGACCGAUGCGGAUUUAACUGGAGCCAGACCUUAUAUCCGUAAUACCUCAUUUCGGGUUCACUCUGGUGAAAACUCGCCUCCAGAUAAUCUCUCGGGAGACUACGAUAACAUGGGGGAACAUCAUUCCGAGAGCGGAUUUGUCACAUUAGCCAGCACUGAAAGUGGGUUUGUCACCAAUGAACUGUAUGAGCUGAGUAACCACAGAUACGGAAGGAGCACAGAGUCUGGCUGGGUAGAGAAUGAAAUCUAUGGGUAUUAAAAAAGAACAAAUAAAUGAACUUACCAGGGAUGUUCGAUACAAAAAAUAUAAUUUUUCUGACGCUACAAUGAAUGCCUUUUGUGGGAUUUUUACGCGGAAUGAACACACUACUGCAACAAAUUGUACACUAUAACUUUGAAUACCCUCUCUGCGAGAACAUGGUGGAUUUGCAUUCAAGAGAACAUGCUGGCUUGUAAAAUAUUUCAUGCUUAUUUACGAUGAAUUAUACGGUAUGCAUUCUGAGGACAAAAAUUGCAAUUGACAGAAACAUUUUGUGAAUUGAAAGCUCAAAGAGAUUGGUAACUAUGCAUUUAUAAUAUCAAAUUAGAUUUUUUUUUAUAUGAUGGUGUAUUUACCAUGGUCAGUACAAUAGCAUAUAUUAGCAUAUAUUGCACAGCAGAAAAAAAAAACAAGAAAAUGAAAACCAACCUUAUGUCACCCAAUCAGCUCUUCACGUCAAUACAAAAUACAGCCUGACCCAAACUUAAAACUUUAUAAACAUUGAACAUGGGAUAGAGAAUUUUGAUCAAAUUGAAUCCUGCAUUUGGCUGUUCUAUACCCAUGUAAGCAAACCCAUUUUAUUAUUACGGUAUAUUCUACUGUAUUCACCUGAACAUACUAUAUAUGUAUUCUGCAAUAUUACCACUAGAUGGCACUAGAUGGCAGAUAAACAAGCAAAGGCAUACGAGGGAGUUCUUUCUGUACAUUGUGAUCAGAAAUAUGAAAUAUCAGAUACAUUCAUUUAAAGACAAAAUAACACAAAAGCUUAAUAUGGGAGGGUAGAAAUCCAAUGACUCAUUCUUACUUAUGUAUGUAAGCACAUUAUGUUUGUAAGAUAACUUGUUAGAUAAAAUCUCUUGCAUUGUU